UUAGUGCCGCCAUAUUUGUCAUAAAAGAAAACCGGGAACCCACGCGACAAACAAAACUUUUAAAAAUCUUAUUAAAAGAAAGGCCAAGGAGUCCAUUGAUCAAUAAUGGGAGAUAAGUUGGACUUAAGUUUAGAUGACAUAAUCAAACAGAACAAAAAGGGAGGGCGCGGAGGAGGUCGAGGCGGGGGACGCGGUGGCGGUGGAAGGUUCAACAAAAGCCCCCGCGGUGGUCGGGGUCGGGGAAACCGUGGAGGAGGAGGCCGAGGUGCCUUUAGAGGUGGCGUACAGAAGCGCAAUAGCACGGGGAGAUCUCAACAAUACAGUCGUCCCAAGGAAUUACCUGAUGUGUGGCAACAUGACAUGUUUGAUGGUGGUGCGGCCCCAGUCAAGCGAUUUGGAGGCGGUGGUGGUGGGAGUGGAGAUGGAAAACUACACAUCUCAAACCUGGACUUCGGAGUAAAUGACUCAGAUAUACAGGAGUUAUUUGCCGAAUUUGGUCCCCUAAAGAUGGCUGCAGUCCAUUACGACAAAUCUGGACGAUCUAUAGGAACAGCAGAGGUUGUAUUUGAAAGACGCCCCGAUGCCCAGAAGGCCAUGAAACAGUACAAUAAUGUUCCUUUAGAUGGUAGACCAAUGAAUAUACAACUAAUUGGUGCAACAGAAACAGUCACAAUGUCCAGCAGAAUAGGACGACGGGAGGGCGGAUCCAGAGGGGGUGGGGGAAGAUUUGGUGGCAACAGACAGCGAGGGGGUGGAGGAAACCGUGGUAGUAGGGGCGGACGAGGAAGGGGUGGGGGAGGCCGGGGAAGAGGAGGAGGGCGUGGUGGCAAGACGCAGAUGACCGCAGAGGAACUAGACGCAGAGCUGGAUGCUUAUAACUCAAAGAUGGAUACGGACUAAAGAAUAGGCAGCUAAUACUGGACAAAUCAGUCAUAUUGACCAAGAGACUCGAGCUUUAAUAAAGCUACUGGACAUGUAAAACUCCUCAGAACUAUACUUUUGUGAUCGUGAAUGCCGCGCAGUGUAACACAGACUAGGUACCUGUUCUCCUCGGAUACUUCUUGUUGGUAAAAUCCCAAGUCCAGUUAUCUAGAGGAGAAGGCCAGGCCAGGUGUGAAGCUGUUUUAAAGGAGUUCUGAUGUCUUAUGUUUUAUGUGUAUUUUUUUUAAAAUAGAUAGACAAUACUUUUGAAUAUUGACUUUUAUUUUGUGAAGUAGGUACCAGUGACAAGAUGUUAAUACAUACACCUGUGAUGGGUGUUAAAUCGAAGAGGCGAAAACUUAUUUUAUUUUCUAUAGGUUGAUUUUCAUAGUCGAAAACAUCUUGAUAAAUUUUCAUUUUAACAAAUUGUAUGAAAGUCUCUUAAGUAUUAGUGUUUUAUUUCUCAUUUUUGCCUCAUCUCUACAUCAUUGUCACAAUUAUAUGUUCACUGAAUUUGUGUAAAUAAAAUGAACAUGUAUAACAAAAA